GAAAUGCAGCCUCGUUUAUAAUCAGUUCCGUGUAGGGCCGGCAUAACUGUCAGAGGCAUCGCGAUCCAUGCUGUCCCGAUCCGCCUUACUGUCAGUUAGCUAGCUGGCUUUCUCUCUUACCUUUGUUCUGUACGCGUGGUUUCCCUAAACUCACUUAACGUGCCCCGCCUAUUUCCUAAUGCCGUAUAACGCUCAGACCCAGUCAGUAUCUUACUAGUCUUAGCCUGUGGGAAAUGCCAUGGCGAUCUGCCACCUUUAAAUGACUAGCCAUAGCAUGGACCUGCUUUAUAGUGCUAUGGAAACAAAGGCGCAGCGCAGACGCAACGAAUCCGCACGCCGGCUGGGGGGCCGCGGAUGGAGAGCUACGAGGAGUUCUGCUCACGGAGCCUGGCCAAGCUACAGGUAGAAGCUGAGCUUCCGGAAGCUGAGCAUCCGGAAGAUGAGCGGUCGGAAGCUGAGCAUCCACCAUGCCGCCGCUCUGCUGGGCCACCGGGGGCGUCGCGCUCCAGCAUCCAGUUCCACGGGGUGGCUGUGCUGUCGCCUUUGCUGAGCGAGCAGCAGCGCCUGGAGAUGAAGCAGCACCGGCAGAGGGCCCUGAAGCUGGAGUGCGACCUGCAGAGUCUGCGCAGAACUGCGCUGCUGGCCCGCGUCCAGAGCAUCCUGGAUAGCGUGAAGGUGCGGCAGACAGCAGGGGAACCGCUGGUGCUGGACCCUCCUGCCAUUUGCUUCCAGAAACCGGAUCCUCAGAACGCGCUUGACCCUCCUCCAGAGCCGAGAGGCCUAUCUAGGAUGGGGUUGGCUAGCCAGACUGCAGGAGCCAGUGCUGAGGCAGAGCUGCGGACGACGAAGGGCCCCGUACAGCUCAAUGGGGCAAAGGGAGGAAGAGGGGAGGAGGAAGAGGAGGACAGUGAAGGAGGACAGAGCUGGAGCCUGCAGGUCCUGCUGAGACACUCCAAAGAGCUGCUGGAGGAGGAGCAGGACCGCAAGCGGGCCCAAUCCAUCAACGGAUCCGUGCCCUCAGCUGAAGAGGCUCCUCUUAAGGGAAACGAGCCAAGCUCUGCUGGGGCCACCUCUGGGCCUUCAUACAGUCCCCUCAGUCCUGCCGGGGCCCAACCCAGCUUUAGCCCCUCCCACAGUCUAGUCAGCUCCACCCAGCCACAUCUCAGUUGUAACUCCACCCAAACCCCCUUUAGCUCCGCCCAGUUCCAGCCCAGUGCUAACUCCAGCAAGCUCCAGAACAGCCGUUGCCCCACCCAUAGCCCUCUGGGCUCCCCCCAGCUUCAGUCCAGCCCUAGCUCCACCCACAGUUCUGUCAGCUCCUCCCAGCCAAGCCCUAGCCCCACCCACAGAGCUCUCAGUCCUGUCCGGGUACAGCCCAGCUCUUCCCCAGACAGCUUCCCAGACUCUCUGCUCGGUUGUACGCCACACAGCCUGACUGGCUCAUACGUCCAGCUGCCCUGUCCUGAGCCCAGCCUGAGCCCCCUCCCUCACCGUCGCCGGCCACGCCCCGUUUCUGCCGGAAACAUCCUCAUCUCCUGUCCUAUGAGCGCUGCAGAGCUCAGUCCCCAAAAGGCCCCGGAAGGGCAUCCGUUGGCAGCCUGGGGACCAGGUGUUUCUGCCACUUACACAGACUGGAGCACACCGGACCACCCCUCCACUGUCGACUCUCUGCCGCCCUCUACAGGCAGUGGUUGGCCUUGCAGCCCCUCCUGCCUGAGUUCAGUCCAUAGCACGAAGAGCCCUCCCACAUCCAGCCCGUUAUUGAAAGACGGCGUCACGCCGGACUUCCGCAGACGCUCGCAGACACUGGACAGUCAGCUGUGCCUCCCUCAGCAGGCUGAGCAGAGCCAGGAGAGAGUGCCCCGUUUCCUGUGCGGACAGCCCCAGCUGGUCCCCAGCCGCCGCUCACCACCCGCGCCUCUCAACCAGUCGUACGAUGUGGAGAGCCCCUCCCCCAUGCUGCAGCGCCCCCACGUGGACUCAGACCCCCCUCCCAGAGAUUCCGGGGCGGGUGCAGGACACCAGAGCGCUGUGGUCCCGCCAGGGGGGGCACAGGACCCCAGUGCAGGCCAAGUGCAGUGGCAGCUCCAGGCCCUGGAGGAGUUACAGUGGCGCCUGUGGGAGGAUCAUGCCCAACAGCUGUCUCUACUUAGAGCCGAAAAGGAACGUGAGCAGCAGCGCCUCCAGCAGCUGGAGGAGGACAGGAGGUCAAAGGAGCAGAGUGGAAGGCUGUCCCAGGCUGAGGCCACCGCGCCCCAGCGGAAGGCCCUGAAUGACAGCUGCCCCCUGAGCCCCAUGCCCCUCCCGGACAGAUCCCCCGGGCUCAGCAGUCACAGCACAGGUUACUCCUCUUUCUUUAGCAGUUCAGAUAUGCCAUCGCUAGCUGUCCAGAGCCCUGCUUACCUGAGGGGGACUUCCUGGGGGGGCAGCAAGCCCAGAGGCAGGCACAGCGAGGUGGGUGUGAUGACCUCCGAGCAGCAGAGGGCGCUGUGUCGUCUGGGUGCCAUGGCUCGAGGGUUCCUCACACGCAGGCUUCUGGACACGGCGAAGCUGAAGCACUUGCGGCAGACCGUGAAGGACACACAGGAGUUCAUUCGCUCCUUCCAGAAGGAAUCCCCUGCGAUGAGGGGCUCGCUGUGCACCCAGGACUUCACGCUGCAGGAGAGAGUCCGGGCUCAGCUGCGUGCCGCCCUGUUCGACGUCCACGACAUCUUCUUCGUGAUGCCCCUGGGAGACAGACUGGCACUCUUGCGACAGGACAGGGAGCUACAGCGGGAGAAGAAACUGCGAGAGAUGGAGAAAGCUAGGAGUCCCCAGGACAGGGUGACACUGUCCACAGCCACCCAGAAGUCGAUGGACCGGAAGAAGCAGAGGGUGAGUAACGCACCGGGACAGUGGCGGAGGUCCCGGGAGAAGCCGAAGAGUCCCAUGGUGAAGAGGUGCAGCGCUCCCUGCUCCGAAUCGGCAUCCCGGGGAGUGACUCCCAGCCCAGUGCUCCGAAACUCGGCCCGGGUCCUGCAGCCGAACCAGGGCCAGAACGCCCCCCGUCCGGGGCAGCUGCCAAGACAAGGGAGCCUGUACAGGAGGAAGCCAGAGGAGCGUGUCAAGCGCUGUGACAGCCUGAGGAGGCAGCACUCGCUGGGGUAGCAGCCCCCCCCAUCUGUAAUCACCCAAACGUCACCCGUGUGAUAUGCCACCAGUGUCCCUGUGCCAGUCACAUUACUCUGUAAACCCCUUCGCUCUGAAAGCCGUGUCGUGACCCCUUAUGCUUAUAGAACACCCCCUCCAAUACACAGACCCCCCCCCCCUUUUUCCAGUUGGUGCCCUGUGACAUUCUGUCCCAAACUGGGUGCAGAUUCCUCUGAUUGUCAUUGUUGCUGUUUCUGUAACUCCAAACUUACCAUGUUUUACAUGCUCAUCUAACACGCACAGGUAUCCUCUUGCCAAAAAAGUUACAAAGCCUGUUUAGUAAUAUUCUGCCAGAUUAGCGUCUUUCCCGUGGGGUAUAAGGAGGUCCCAGGGUCUGCUGAGGAAGCUCAGCAGAACAUGGCGCAUGGAGACUGUUCGUGGAUCAUAGAGGGGAAUUCCACGUCAACUGUCUCACUGCACAGGUGCCAUUCUCUGUCCCUUCCCCCAUCUAACUGUCUCACUGCACAGGUACCAUUCUCUGUCCCCUCCCCCAUCUAACUGUCUCACUGCACAGGUACCAUUCUCUGUCCCCUCCCCCAUCUAACUGUCUCACUGCACAGGUACCAUUCUCUGUUCCCUCCCCCAUCUAACUGUCGCACUGCACAGGUGCCAUUCUCUGUUCCCUCCCCCAUCUAACUGUCGCACUGCACAGGUAUCAUUCUCUAUCUCCUCCCCAAUCUAACUGUCUCACUGCACAGGUGCCAUUCUCUGUCCCCUCCCCCAUCUAACUGUCUCACUGCACAGGUACCAUUCUCUGUCCCCUCCCCCAUCUAACUGUCGCACUGCACAGGUUCCAUUCUCUGUCCCCUCCUCCAUCUAACUGUCUCACUGCACAGGUGCCAUUCUCUGUCCCCUCCCCCAUCUAACUGUCGCACUGCACAGGAGCCAUUCUCUGUCCCCUCCCCCAUCUAACUGUCACACUGCACAGGUGCCAUUCUCUGUCCCUUCCCCCAUCUAACUGUCGCACUGCACAGGUGCCAUUCUCUGUCCCCUCCCCCAUCUAACUGUUUACCUGCACAGGUGCCAUUCUUUGUCCCCUCCCCCAUCUAACUGUUUACCUGCACAGGUGCCAGGUGCCAUUCUCUGUGCCCUACCCCAUCUAACUGUCUCACUGCACAGGUGCCAUUCUCUGUGCCCUCCCCCAUCUAACUGUCUCACUGCACAGGUGUCAUUCCCUGUUUCCUCCCCCAUCUAACUGUCUCACUGCACAGGUGCCAUUAUCUGUCGCCCCGCCCCCCAAAAUGCUGUUUUAUUCUCUGUCUGCCACUUAAACAAACUGGGCUUCACAGGACACCACAGUGUAACUCCUCACUGCAGCAUCACUGCAUCCUUUCCCACCAAGGUUAGUGCCCAAUCUCACACACUUGAGCUCCUUGACCUUGUCACUGAGGUUCUGUUUAAAGACUGACCUUUUCGUUUAUAGUUUAGUAUCGUCUGUAAGACUGAUAUAAAUGCCUGUUGACCAUAAAAUGAGUGCCCUCGAGAUGCCCUCAGUGCGGGUGGUGCCCUCAGUGCGGGUGGUGCCCUCAGUGCGGUUGGUGCCCUCAGUGCGGNUGGUGCCCUCAGUGCGGUUGGUGCCCUCAGUGCGGGUGGUGCCCUCAGUGCGGGAGGUGCCCUCAGUGCGGGAGGUGUCCCACUUUACACUUUUGAAGGAUUCUGUGCUUUGUAUUUUCAUAACAGACUGGCAGUGAUGUGGCAUGUAAACACCCACAGAUGUAUCGGGUCAAUGUGCUUUGGUGCUGGUCAGUGCCCACAGACCCUGGUGCCCCAGCUCUCAUCCAAGCAGCGUCUUGGGACUGGUUCUAAUGGAAUUGGGUCUUCAUUGUGUUUUAUAGCUUUUACAGUUGCUGUUUUCUGAUUCAUUACACUGUGUUGUUUUUGUACUUUUACCAACCUUUUACAGUCAUGUUGUGUUAAUAAAUUUAACAGUAAAACUAAUUUAUACAUUUGAGUA